AUGGUGAACGAAAUGCUUCAACAGGCCCCGACGGUGGCUAGCGUCAACGCAGUCCUGCUUCAAGCUUGGGACCAAAUCUUUGGUACUGUGGUUGCUCCCCGGGCGGGCUUUGUCAGUGUGUGGAAGCAUCGGGCCUUGGCAAUGCAGGCACACAGCCUGCUGUCCAGGUGGCACCAUCUUGCUCGAUAUAGAUCCAUUAGGCGAGUCAUCCAGCGGCGGGUACAGGCGGACAAGCGUGCCAAAAUCCAGCAACAGCUGGUGGAUGCGGAACAAGCUAGUUCGACGGGACAGCCUGGAGCAUUGUAUCAGGUGUUGCGCCGUAUCGCUCCUAAAAUCAGACGCCGCAAACUGCAGCUCCGUGAUACUCAAGGGCGACUCGUGGGGCCAAGAGAAGAGGCCACUUUAAUUCUGGACCACUACUCCGAAGUGUUUGCUUCAAAGCUUGCAGUGGAAGAGUGGAAGACACCCAGUUGGAAUGUCCUUUUUACUUUGACUCCGAUGAGCUGUAUCAUGCCCUCUCCGAACUCCCCCAACACAAAGCCCUGCCGCAACACUGUGCUCCUGCCCCCCUUUGGAAACACUGCGCACAGACCAUCAGCCAAUUCACAGUGCAACAGUUUCAGGGUCAACUUAGCUCGGGGUCAUUUCGGGAUCAAUGGCCGAGGGACUGGGCAUUGUCUUUUCUGUGCCUUCUUCCGAAAACAGAUCAGCGACUGGCGACUGGAUGCCAUUGCCAAGCUCCGGCCCAUCUCCUUACUGCACCCACUGGGUAAGUCCUUUGCAGUGCUCCCCAUGUACCGAGUCAGGGAGACCAUCACUCACAAGCUCGCGUCCAUACCCCAGUUCGCAUACUUGGUUGGGCGGUCAACUGCUGAUGCAGUGGAUAGAGCGGUCUGGCAUGUGCAUCGCACCCGGCAGAGAUUGGGCACGCAGUACACCAUUCACCACCGCCGUGCAGGAAUCCGGCAACAAUCCAUCCAAGGAAGCUUGACACUCAGUAUAGACCUCCGGAGGGCCUUUGACUCCAUUGAUCGCGGUCUCAUCAGAGAUGCCCUUAAAUGGGCUGAGGUCCCCACAGAGGUACUGGAUGUCAUCGUCGGAUUGCACGAGGCCAUGCGAGUUUGCUUUACCUCUGCCUUAGGCGAAACAAGAUCCGUUUCCACUGGUCGAGGGUUGAGGCAGGGAUGUAGGUUAGCGCCCAUCGUGUGGUCGUGCAUAACCGGGUUCUUGCCUAGCAAACUCAUACCGAUCUUCGAUCAGAGUGAUUUGCAGCCCUUGCUCACGCUUUUUGCUGACGACACUCUGAGCCAGUGGGAGAUCAAUGAUCAGGUGUUGACGUGGUUGGGCCGAGACUUCUGUGUGCUGCGACACUCAGACAGCUCAGAGCUAUCGCAAAUUCGCCAGUGCAUCUCACACGCGAGUCUAAUGAAGUGUCUGGGAGAUGUUGAGGAGGCCGUGGCCAAAUCACUCAAGGAGGGCCCUGCCAAGGCGACGGAAACCACACCCCAGGCAGCACAGCAGCUCACUCAUCUCAGCCAUGCAGGAACAGCAGCCACGGAGCAGCACCAUUCCACGCAGGGUGGGCUCUCACGACCUGAGGAUGUCACGCUCUCGGUGCACCCUGUGCCGGAACAGGGACCUAUACGGGAGCACCUGCUCGGCAUCAGAGUGGCGAAGAAACUGGGAGUAUACCAGCUGCGCCGGAGGUGA